AUGCCCUGCGUCCAGCGCCGUAAAUUCAAGCCAAGUAUCCAAAGGCAGAACCAAUAUUCUCAACUCCCUCCCCCACCGCCGCCAGGGCAUCAAGAAGGACCAAGAGUUAAAACAAGAAAUGCGCCUACCAAAUCAAAGAGCCUGAGAAUCGGAGGAGAGCCCGCUGAUUGGAGCUCUUCGGUUGGCCUUCUCUACAAGCGGAGGAGAAGCCUGCGAAUCCAAGCUACGCACAGCCUUUCAACGGAAGCUAGGUGUUCCGCAAGUGAAUCUAUGCAGGUGCUCUCGACCCAGAGGUACCCGGGCCGGAGGUCCACUAAAAUCCUUGAAAUAAAGCCAAAUGGAGAGACACGGCAUAUUCCCCGGCUAUCCCGAGCCCCUCUCUCACGAGCUCGUUGGGAAUCGGCAGCAUUCGUAACGCUUGAGUUAACCUUUCUUUUUUUUUUUUUUCUACUUGGAUCUGCCGUAGCCCUUUUAGGCACUGUUCUUCAUUGCCGUCAUUGGGAAGUUGAAUCGAGUGAUAAAAUCAUGUCAGUUUUCAAGAUUAUGGCUCGGAUGGUUUUGGAGGCUGGUGGGAAAGAGAAAGAGGGCCAUAAAUGGCUCGUAGAACUAAAUGCUGGACCUCCAAAAUACCCUCUUGACGAUGGGACGAUACCACCCACAAUCACGGUUAUUCAGAUGAUUACUAAAAUUCGAAUAACUCCGUCAAUAUUGAUCUGA